AUGCUCCUUUGGACAUGCUUGCUCGCGUCUUUGUUUAUCGGCUUCUCCACAGCAGCGGACAUUUGUCCCACCCCAACCAUUGCGACUUGCGAUCCGAUGGUUUACGAUUGUUGUGACAACAACUUCUCCAAUGCUCUUAAUUUAACCACUUGUAAUAAUCUACCGGACACUUUUUCGCGAGUCGAAUGUUACCGAACGCAAAUGGAGAGCAUGUUCGGAAAUAGCAUUGACGGAGGACUCAAUGUUUGCGCUGCCUACUCAGACUGGACGCGAUGCUUGGGUGUCUCGCUGUUGUCCUGUGAGAGCAUUAAAUUCCACAUUCAACAAGGUCUCACCUCGGGUCAAGCAAUCAACGUCUACACCGUCUACUCGCAAAUGGCUUUCCUUUGCGGCCCAGGAUUGGACACGUAUGUGAACAACGAUGCUUGUGUUCGAAAUGUUUUUAAUGUCUACAAUGAUCAGCUCGCUCGUUGCCGAGCCACUUUUUCGGCCAACAUCAACAACAAUUGGAACAACCGAUGCCAAGAUUUCCGAGAGUUGCUUGGCUGCUAUCAAAUGCCUUUCCAACAAAUGUGCGGUAAGGAGGUUGGAUGGUUUGGAUGUGAAUACGAACGAUCAGGGAUCACUGCCUGGUUGCCCGAAUGUUCCGAGCAAUGCUUCGCCAACAACAGC